UACUCCUCCCAAAUCUGCUAGCGCCGGCGCCGAGGGCAAGAUUAUUGCUGUAAUUGGUGCCGUGGUAGACGUCCAGUUCGACACACAUCUGCCGCUCAUAUUGAACGCUUUGGAGGUGCCUGGCAGAACGCCCCGUCUGAUCCUCGAGGUGGCCCAGCACCUUGGCGAGAGCACGUGCCGCACUAUCGCCAUGGACGGCACGGAGGGCCUCGUGCGGGGACAGAAGAUAGUUGACACGGGCGCACCCAUCACCAUACCGGUGGGGGAGCCCACCCUGGGCAGGAUCAUCAAUGUUAUUGGCGAACCCAUUGACGAGCGCGGACCAAUCAACACGGACAAGUUCGCCCCGAUCCACGCGGACGCCCCCCCCUUCGUGGAGAUGUCCGUGGAGCAGGAGAUCCUGGCCACCGGCAUCAAGGUGGUGGACCUCCUGGCUCCGUAUGUCAAAGGCGGUAAGAUUGGACUGUUUGGCGGCGCGGGAGUCGGCAAGACUGUGCUCAUCAUGGAGCUGAUCAACAAUGUCGCCAAAGCCCACGGUGGAUUCUCGGUAUUUGCCGGAGUGGGAGAGAGGACGCGCGAGGGCAAUGACUUGUAUCACGAGAUGAAAGUGGGCGGCGUCAUCACGGAUGACUACAAGACUUCGAAGGUGGCGCUAGUGUACGGGCAGAUGAACGAGCCGCCGGGUGCGCGUGCGCGCGUGGCGCUGACGGGGCUGACGCUGGCCGAGCACUUCCGGGACAAGGAGGGGCAGGACGUGCUGCUGUUUGUCGACAACAUCUUCCGGUUCACCCAGGCUGGCUCGGAGGUAUCGGCGUUGCUGGGCCGCAUCCCGUCCGCGGUGGGCUACCAGCCCACGCUGGCGACGGACAUGGGCACCAUGCAGGAGAGGAUCACCACCACCAAGACCGGCUCCAUCACCAGCGUGCAGGCAGUAUACGUGCCAGCCGACGACCUGACGGACCCGGCGCCGGCCACCACGUUCGCCCACCUGGACGCCACCACGGUGCUGUCGCGAGCCAUCGCCGAGCUGGGCGUCUACCCCGCCGUGGACCCCCUGGACUCCACGUCCAGGGUGAUGGACCCUAAUAUCAUCGGGGCGGAGCAUUACGGUGUGGCUAGAGGGGUGCAGAAGAUUUUACAGGAUUACAAAUCGCUGCAGGACAUCAUCGCCAUCCUGGGUAUGGACGAGUUGUCUGAAGACGACAAGCUGACCGUGGCCCGCGCCAGGAAGAUACAGCGGUUCCUGUCGCAACCCUUCCAGGUGGCCGAGGUGUUCACCGGGCACAUUGGCAAGCUGGUCAAGUUAGAGGAGACGAUCAAGGGAUUCAAAAGGAUACUGGGAGGAGAGUUGGACCACAUCCCAGAAGCGGCGUUCUACAUGGUGGGCACCAUUGAAGACGUGGUGGCCAAGGCACAGGAACUCGCCAAGAGUGUGUAAAGCGGCUCAUUCUAGUCAAUUUGUG